CAUUCCUAAGUGGAAUAGUCAGAUCAGAGAUAAAACAGAAGCAAAGAAAUAGAACUGAAGUAAGUACUGAAGUAUUACUGAAGUUGAAUUUCAUUCCAGGAUGAAGAUCCUGCUCAUCACCACUCUCUACCUUAUGUCAGGUCCACUAGACUGCUCUGAUAUGACUGGCUUCUCAGGAGGAAGCAUCAUUAUGAUCUCUGAUAUACAAUGGGAUCCAAGCCAUACUAAAUAUAUUUGUAAGAUGGGAAAAAGUGGUUGCAAUGACUUAAUACGUUUCCACAGCCAAAGUAACCAUGUUCAGUACAAAAGAUUUUUGCUUUAUAAAAACACAGGAGGAUCUUUCUUAGUGUUGAUCAGAAGACUGAAGCCUCAGGAUGCCGGAACAUACAUAUUUGGAGUGGAGGAUCAGAGCAACUACACUGUGAACCUAAAAAUUCGUAACGAUGCAUCUUGUGGGGUGUCAAAAAUAAUCAGCACUAAUCUUGGCCAGAAUAUCACCAUCACCUGUAACUAUCCGGGAGAGUAUGAAAAAAACAACAAAUAUGUCAUUACAAUGAAUGAUGAGUUUAAUGUCAAACCCAUUAUUGAUACUCAAACAACAUCUGAGGACAGCAGAUUCUCCAUUUCUGAUGACAAAAGUGCUAGUGUUCUCAGUUUGAAAAUCAGCAAUGUUAGCGAAGCCGAUGACCUUUUUUAUUUAUUUGGAGUGUGGAAUAGUGUGAGGUCUUUUGGGUAUUACACCUACUUUACAGAAAUCCAGCUACAUGUAACAGGAACCUAUUUGACAACAUCAGCACCAAAAGAAAUCCAAUCUGGUGCAGUGCAUUUCUGUAACUCUGCCAUUAUCAGUGUGUGUGUCGGUGAGGCUCUGCUGCUGAUUGGAGCAUUUGCUCUGAUAAUCUACAAAUUGAGACAUAAGAGAACACGUGGCAGUACAAUUUUCACCACAUUCACUGAAGAGGGAACAUAAUAAGGAAGACUGCGAUCUACAAAACCACACUGAUCACAAAUCUGUUCGAGUCUGGUAACAGCUGCAGCUUCUGGUGGACUGCUAGACAUUUUUAUGUGUUUUGUCUUUUUUCAUUUGUAUUUGCUUUUCUAAAUUGUUUUAAUAAAGGUAACAUGACAUUUCAUUUGAGAAAUGUGUUGUAUAAAGAAAGCCUUUUUAUCAUUCAAUUAUGUUGUUUUUUUUUUUUAAGAAAAAUAGGGUUAUAUCAAUAUCAGAGAACCCAAAAUGAAUAGAGAUGUUUCUACUUAUUAACACAUACUGUAGGUUCAGUUCACUCCCUAUUUUAUCUAUUAAACAAAGAAUAAUCAUCUUAGUAUCUGUAUGGCUUGUGUUUUUAUAUUUGUGUUUGCUUUCAUUUACAUCUACUGUACAUAAUCUUAUAUUAGUUGUACGUUAUAAGUUUGCAAGUCUGGAAGACUUUAGAGUAAUUUUCAAAUUACUGCUAAAAAUAUAAAAUGUAAUAAUAAUAAUAAUAAUAAUAAUUUUUGAGCAUGAACAACACAAGGGUUAUAAAACAGGCUGUUCUCCAAAUUCUUACUGUCCUGUCAUCAGACCUAGAUUGGGCAAUUCAGUGUUGUUUCCAACUUUAAGUUGUGUAUUAUUACAACAUGUGACUUGUAAUGAUAUUGGUAAGCAUUCACCUCAUGUCAAAUAGAAGAAAUGAAAUAAAAUCAUAAAAUUGAAUCAAAUAGAAAUUAAAUAGAAAGCAAUGUAGAUAUGUUAAGGAAGGGCAAAGGACCAGGUGGCCCUUUUAAGAGAAUGCAGAAAAUUAAAUUUUGAAUUUUUUAUUUUAAUUUAAAAUGUAUGUGCAAGUGAGAUUAGUCAGAAAGCACAUAGCUCAUGUUAUGUCAUGUGAU